UGAUAAAGUGUUUGUUUCGCUUUAAGAUCGGUAAUACAUCUCCUGCUGUACCUUUCGAAAUCGCCAUUGUUGGGUUGCGCUGUGAGAUGUGGAGUGAAGAUUGUGGCUUCCGGUAGAAACAGCUAUCUGUGUGAAUAUCAAUCGAGAAGAGAGGAGGUGUUGAGUAGAGCUUUUCAUCCGAAUCUAUUGUUGCGAGAGACAUCAAACAGUGCAGAAAGAAGGCAGGAUUCACACCUGGAGAUUUGAGAAAACGGGCACAUUAUACAAGAUCAUUUUGCGUUACCAAAAAUAAAUAAAUAAAUACAUAAAAAAAAAAAAAAAAACAUUCUGUGGGGAUAUAAAAAUCGCUUAAGACUAUUGUUUCAGAGUAAAGCAUACAAUAAGCCAUCCAGGGAGUUUUAUUUCAUGGGGAUGUGUUCAAGACAAGAGAGAAUACAUAAAGACGUCGACAUUGUAAUCCAGAGGUGCAAGGCAGAUAAGGACUGCGUGUUUUCGGAUUUCCGAUAUUCAGACGCCACGUUUACAUUCACCGACACCAGGGGCUCUAAAAGGGUGUCCUAUUCAGUCCAUGUCUCUGAAGAUUAUCCAGAUAACACUUAUGUAUCCAAUUCUGAGAAUGAGGAUGACGUUCUAGUCACACGAGAUCCUAUUCCUGUCAUCUUCCACAGAAUAUCAACAGAAAUUAGGAUAAAUAAUGAUGCCACCAGCUGCCUGUCCAUUAAAUCGAAGCUACAAGAUGACAGGAUCCAGGAUUCAAGAUACUGCGGUGCAAUAGAUGAAGACUCUGAAGGCGACAAUGACUCUGAAGAGUUCUACUAUGGGGGUCAGGUGAACUAUGAUGGGGAGCUCCACAAGCACUCCCAGCUGGAAGCAGACUUAGCAGCAGUGAGAGACAUGUAUGGACCUAAUGCAGUAUCUCUCAGGGAAUACGGUGCAAUAGAUGACGUAGACAUUGAUUUACACAUUGAUGUGAGCUUCUUGGAUGAAGAAAUCGCUGUUGCGUGGGAUGUGAUCCGGAGGGAGCCUGUAAUAGUACGAUUGCAUUGCUCCCUAACCCAGUAUUUACAUGGGCCAGUUCCAACAGUCGACGUGUUCCAGGUUUCCACGAAAGAACGAUUUGGUCUAGGACAUCAGUUGAAAAAGAUUAUGCAGACAUUUGUUACGCAGCAGUGGAAGCAUCAGAGUAAAGAAAAGUGUAAUUGCCCUCACAGCAAAAAACUGACAGAUAAGAAAGUGAGAUCUCCCCUGCACAUCUUUUCUACACUCCGCAGGUCUCCCAGUUACCCCCCUCCUGAAUGUGGUAAGAGCAAAUCCAAACUGAAGCCAGAGCAAGAUGGAGUGCCAAAGUCCCACAAGUUACUGCGGAGAACUUGCUCAAGUGCGGUCAAGGCUGAGGAUGGAUGCGUCAACAAGUCCCAUAAACCUCUGGGACACUCUUUAUCCAGCGACCCAAGGGCAGAGCAGACAGCAACUUUGAAACCCCACAAGCUUCUGACACGGACUUGUUCUGCUUCGGUAAAGCAGGACGAUUGUGCCUCUUUGAAGCCUCAUAAACUUCUAUCCAGGUCGUGUUCUGGAGACCCUCGAUGUGAGCACAGCAGCUCCCUGAAACCCCACAGGCUCUUGAGCAGAUCUUGCUCCAGCACUCUCAGGACAGAGGAGCUGGAUGGACUGAAGCACCAGAAGAUGCUAAGCAGGUCCUACUCGAGCAGCACCAAAGUGGGCAAGACUGAGCUCUUCAAAGAGCCUGCUCCUGAGGGCAGGCGACUCUCUCUUACCUCAGGGCUUAUUGGCAUGCUAGCACCAGCUCUGUCCUCCCAGCCAAGUCCAAACUAUGGGGCCAAGUCAAUCCCGGUCAGGGAUCGUGGCUUUCUUGUCCAGACUAUGGACUAUGCUGAGCAGAGGAUUCCUGUUCUGAAUGAAUACUGUGUGGUUUGCGAUGAGCCCCAUGUGUUCCAGAAUGGACCCAUGCUGAGACCUACAGUGUGUGAGCGGGAGCUGUGUGUCUUUGCUUUCCAGACACUGGGAGUAAUGAACGAAGCUGCAGAUGAAAUUGCUACUGGAGCCCAGGUUGUGGAUUUGCUGGUUUCUAUGUGUCGAUCAGCACUGGAGUCCCCAAGAAAAGUAGUUAUUUUUGAGCCAUAUCCUUCAGUGGUUGAUCCUAAUGAUUCCCAAGCACUGGCCUUUAACCCUCGGAAAAAGGACUAUGAGCGAGUGAUGAGAGCACUGGAUAGCCUAACAUCUAUCAGAGAAAUGACCCAGAAGGAGAAAACUGUUUAUCUCCUGUUUCUACAGGCACCUUACCUGGAAAUCAAGAGGCAGAUGGACAAGCACGAUCCCUUGGCUCAUCCACUUUUACAAUGGAUCAUUUCAAGCAACAGAUCCCACAUUGUAAAACUAUCAGUGAACAGACAACUGAAGUUCAUGCACACCCCACACCAGUUCCUUCUGCUCAGCAGUCCGCCCGCCAAAGAAUCCAACUUCAGAGCUGCCAAAAAACUCUUUGGAAGUACCUUCGCAUUCCAUGGUUCACACAUAGAGAACUGGCACUCAAUCCUGAGGAAUGGUUUAGUUGUGGCAUCCAAUACAAGGCUGCAGCUCCAUGGUGCCAUCUACGGUAGUGGAAUAUAUCUCAGCCCAAUGUCAAGCAUUUCCUUUGGUUACUCAGGGAUGAACAAAAAGCAGCAGAAAGCAGCUUCUAAGGAUGAAACUGCUUCAAACAGCAAGACCAAUGCCACUCUACAGUCACAGAAAAAAGGACAACAGCCACAAUUUCUACAAAGUCGUAACUUGAAGUGCAUAGCCUUAUGCGAAGUUAUUACUUCUCUUGAUCUGCACAAGCACGGGGAUAUCUGGGUAGUUCCGAACACAGAUCACGUCUGUACUCGAUUUUUCUUUGUGUAUGAAGAUGGCCAGGUGGGAGACACAAGCAUAAACACACAGGACCCCAGCAUCCACAAGGAGAUACUCCGAGUUAUAGGCAACCAGACCGCUACUGGAUAAAGAGCUGCAGAAUAUUGAUGAUGCUGCCUGAAAACACACAAUCCACUCGCUCUCAAAGCUGGAUUUUGAGCUGAAAUGAGUGCAUUGAUCCUAUUUUUAACAUGCAACUAACUCACAAUUGAACAUUUAAAAUAUGUUUUAAAAAAGAAAACAUACACAAGAGCUACACUGUUUCUAUCCCAAGAGGUAUUUCAUUUGAAAGGAUUGCUUAUUGUUAUUUAGACAAUAACAUGUUGCUUCAAAGUCUGUAAACACAAUGACUCAAUUCAUCACUAGCCAGGGCUUGCCAAUCUGAGUAAACAUUAGCAUCUUUUCUCAGUAUUUUUUUAGCUAACUUUGAAAUUGAACUGUAUUUUUCUUUUUUUUUUUUCUCAAUAUAUAAAUGUAGUCGUUUGGAUUUAAUGAGGCUGAGUUUCUCUGCAGGAAAUUGGUUCUCUUUCCUUUGUAACAAGAUGCCCAAUACCAGACCUUCCUGUUCACUUUGUAAGGCUUGUGCAUUUUGAAAGUACAACAGAGUACUUGUCAUGAUCCUAAAGGUGUGAAUAUGUGCUUCAUUUGAAAUUACCAUUAAUGCUACAUAGUAUCUAAACCAUAGAACUUAUUACAAAAUUACUUUUUAAUCCAUGCAUUCCAUUAUCAGAAUUUCUAAUGAAACACUGCUUAACUUGCACAGCUACAGUAAUAGAAGAACCAGAUGCACAACAAGCAGCUGAACCAGCACAAGCAGGAAAACCAGUUCUAGUGGCCUACCUCUUUGUGAAUACAUUUCCACCCUCUCCUCUUUCUUAAAUAAAAUACCAACACAAUAAUUUGGGACUAUUGAUGUUGUACAGGUUCCAAAUGGCUGUCAUUGUCAACCCCAAAGGUGCUCAGUGAUUCAGUUGUCUGACUGACCAAUGAAUACGUGUGUUUCCUGCUGGUAAACAGACCUUAUCUUUGUAUGGUCAUAUACAGCUUUUGGGUAACAUUCUAAAUUAUUUAUUUAUUUUUUUAAUUUUACUGAAACCAGUGUUUGGGACAUAUUAUAUUAUGUUAAAAUAAUAAUACCAAUCAGUUAUGGCAACUGUCAAUACUGGGUUAAAAUGUGCUUUACUGCUUUCCUUUUAUGUUUUUACACAAUCCUAAACAUCCAGCUCUCAUUGGAUCACUAUAAGAGUAAACAUCGUGUUUACCCUUUUACUGUUAUUAAAUGUACAAUAAUAAUAACAAUAAUAAUAAUGAGCUUUUAAAAUUAAACUUUUGUAAAGCCAUUCAGCCUGUCUACUUUAGAAUAUAGCUUUGUAUUUAUUUUUUUAAUGAAUCACACAACUGGGUAGUUCAUUCCAUUAUUAAAAGUAGAUACAGUACAACAAACUACUGUAUAACAAACUUGAUUUUAUCCUACCACGCUUGUACCAGCAUUUAUGUUUCGAGUGUUUGCACUUAGGCAAAAGCAGAGACGUCUGAGAAAUGAAUGUCUCUGCACUGCUGCAUAGCAGCUCUCAUGCUGUGCACGGUUCAGACAGACUGCCUUAAACCAGGGCACAGCCACAUAUUGAAUUAGGAGCUGGGUGGAAAAGCUUUUCUAAAUGAGUAGCUAAACAUGUCCGAAGCUGCAUCUUUCUGUACACUGGUCUCUUCAAUGGGAAAACUAUUGAUGCUUUGGGUUUUUUAAAUAGAACUUUUAUCCUGGCUAAGGAUUAUUUUUCUAUUUUCAAACACUAUACUGUAUAUAAAAUAUCUAAAAUUGUUUACCAGAUGCACCUCACAACAUUUGCCUUCUAGAUGCCUGGGUUUGUGUGUACAAUUCUUACUCAAUAACCAGCAUGUUAAAGUUUCAUGAUUCUGAAAAGUAAUUGACCAGGCAUGUCGUGUUGAAUGACCUUUUAAUGACUAAUGGAAUACAACUGUUUAUUUGUCAAAAGGAGUAAUGUAUACACUAAACAGACCUAGUCUACCCCCCCCCC